AUAUGAUAUACAGAUGGCAUGUAUUGUCUCACAUGUGGGCCUCACUCUCAUAGACAGACACAGUCUGUGGCAAAACGUUUCACUCAUUUAUUCAAUAAGUCUCUCUUCAAUUGGUAUUGAAAUCUCAUUACAAUUAUCAUUGAAAUUAGCUGUGAGUCCAUCGACUGAACUGAUAAAACGUCUCAAUACAAGACACCAGUCGUUUGGCGCAUAAAAACUCGUCAAUCAAUUGGCUGUAAAUUACUAAAGUCAAGGUUUGCUGAGAAACACAGCAUUUGGUCAUCAAUUGGUCUCGUCUUACGUCACGUCUCGACGACAAACACCACUCAAAAGCGUUUCAUUCAAUCGUUUGUUAAACCAAUUAAUUGUAGAUUUGAUUUCAAACACAACUGUUGUCUCACAAGUCGUUCGCAACCACUUCUUCGUCAGCCGUCCUCUCAAACAGGGUUUCAAUUAAAUCAAUCGAUCCGUCGAUCACUCAAUACAUCCCAUACUAUGGCCUUCACUACCGAUCAAAGAGGACAACAAAACUCAUCCGAUUAUCGCGUUUUCAUCAAGAAGGGCGACACCGGAGAGCCAGUGUCUCCAUGGCAUGACAUCCCUCUGUUCGCUGAUGAGGGCAACAGAAUCUACAAUAUGGUGGUAGAGAUCCCGCGAUGGACUAACGCUAAGAUGGAAAUCGCGACCAAAGAGCCGCUCAAUCCUAUCAAACAGGACAUCAAAAGUGAUAAACUGCGUUACGUUCGCAACUGUUUCCCGCAUAAGGGCUAUAUCUGGAACUACGGCGCUCUGCCCCAGACCUGGGAGGACCCCAAACACUUGGAUGAGGCCACCGGUUGUAAGGGUGACAACGACCCGAUCGAUGUGAUCGAAAUCGGUUCCCGAGUGGCCGAUAGGGGCGAAGUGAUCAAAGUUAAAGCGUUGGGCGUAAUGGCGCUCAUCGAUGAGGGAGAGACCGACUGGAAGGUGAUUGCGAUCGACGUUCGGGACGAGUUGGCCGCUCAGCUGAACGACGUGCGAGACGUGGAGAUGCUUAAGCCGGGCCUCAUUAGAGCGACUUACGAGUGGUUUAAGAUCUAUAAGAUUCCGGACGGAAAGCCGGCGAAUGAGUUCGCGUUCAACGGCGAGGCAAAGGAUCGCGAGUUCGCAGAGAAGACGAUCGCUGAGACUCACAAGUAUUGGCAAGAGUUGGUGAACGCGUCCUCCAACGCAACGGAUCUGGACUUAAAGAGCACUACUUUAGGCAACUCUUCGAAGAUUGAUAAUCAAAACGCUAUCGAAAUCAUAAAUCAAAGGCAAGAGUCGGCGAAAGCGGUGCCAAAGCCUAUCGACGAUCAGACGGCUAUUGAUAAAUGGUAUUACAUUACACUACCCUAACCAUUGACACACGACUACCCGGCCGUCAGUCUCUAUACAACAGAGUCAAUGGUGUUGUCAACUAUAAAACAAACAGCAUUUCGGGCUUCAAUUUAAACCUCUCUAUUUUGAUAUCUAAGUUAUAACUAUAAUAUAAAUACUACUGUUAUAUAUAUGAGACUCUGUGUUGCCGUCAUUUGCAGCGAAAAUUUCUAUCGAAUAAAAGUAUAAAUUAUUAGAAUUGAAAGCCUUUUCUCACAUAUUCUUACGGUAUAUAAAGUGAAUGCUUUGCAAAAAUAUAUCAAAUAUAUUCGGAGCCCUCUAUUCGCAG